AUGAUCAGAUGCCUUUGUGCGCUGCAAGCAUCCACACUACCACAACGACCAUCGUACAAUAUCUGUAUGACCCAGGUAGCCAGUCACCCGCAACACAAGCUAGAACUGCUUCUGGAAGUGCAAGAGGUUAUUGAACAGCAUGGAGAUUUAAUCAACAGACGUCCGGCUUCCAACUUGGAGAGACUGAGCAGCUUUGUCAAGGAAGCACAAAGGUCUUGCUUUCCUGAUCUGACAACUUUCCACCACAACUCUUCUGCCUUAGUCACACUCUCUAAUGGGUUUUGCAUCCCCAAAAGUGCAAGAAACGAAGUUGCUAGUGGCGUCAUCAACGCGGAUGUGGAACUCUCCGAUAUUCCCUCUAAGUUCGAUAAUUUACGAUUCUACAAGGAGAGACAAGACGGUCCCGGUGGAAGUCUUGAAGCGUCGAUUACGACAUUAGAUGCCAGAGUGUCAAGGUCAGAUAACCAGCCUAACCAGCUGACACGUAGCCUCGUCGGACAUUGCCCAAGGAGGAGGACGUAG